AUGUCGGAAGAAAAUGCCAGCAAAUCGCCUCAAGCAUACUCCUGCAAAUGCCACUGUGGGGAAGUAAGGUUUACUAUGACACUGUCUUCGCAUCUGGCAGACUACACAGUCAUGCAAUGUAACUGUUCCAUCUGUGUUGUCAAUGGCUACCUCUUGGUUUACCCGAAUCGCUCCGAUGUUGUCUUCUAUGGAGAUUUGAAGAACCACGUGCAUAAGUACCAGUUUCACACUAAGAAGAAAGAUCACUGGUUCUGCCUCCACUGUGGCACGAGCUUGUUAAUUGAUUUUAACGGUAUAUAUGAGAACUACGAUGUAAUGGCGGUCAACGCUCGGACAAUUGAAAAUGUCGACAUUGCUACCUUGACGCUUGAAUACGGGAAUGGUAAAGCGCUUUAA